AUGGUUUCAAAUGGUGAAACGGCUCAGAGGAUGUCCUCGAAGAGAUUAAUUGGCAAAGUUGCUGUUAUAACUGGUGGUGCAAGAGGAAUCGGGGCUGCCACGUCGAAAUUGUUGGCCGAAAAUGGAGCUUAUGUCAUAAUAGCUGACAUACUAGAUGAAUUAGGGGCAAAACUAGCCGAUCUAAUUGGAGGCCGAUACGUACACUGUGAUGUCUCGAAAGAAUACGAUGUUGAACAUGCAAUUCAAUUUGCAUUAAAAUGGAAAGGGCGAAUAGACAUCAUGUUCAACAACGCUGGCGUAGCAGGACCAGAAGGGAGCAUAACGAACCUCAAAAUGGAUGAUCUGAGGGCGUUGAUAGAUAUAAAUUUGAACGGAGUAGUACACGGAAUCAAACAUGCUGCUCGUGCAAUGAUCGAGGCUAAAAGAGGCGGUGCCAUAAUAUGUUCAUCANNAGGCGGUGCCAUAAUAUGUUCAUCAAGCUCUGCAGCCAUCAUGGGAGGCCUGGCAGCCCAUGCCUAUACAUUGUCAAAAGAGGCCAUUCUUGGUCUAGCCAGGAGCACAGCAUGUGAGCUCGGGGUACAUGGCAUACGCGUGAAUUGCAUUUCACCCCAUGGGGUGCCCUCCGAGAUGCUCAUGACUGGCUUCAGAAAGUUCCUUGGGAAUGCAGAUUUGAAACCGGAGGAUGUUGGUAAGAUUGUGGCGGAAAGAGGCAGCCUUAUUAAGGGGAGAUGUGGGAGUUUCGAAGAUGUUGCACAGGGUGUCCUGUUUCUAGCAAGCGAUGAUGCAGGAUUUAUAACAGGGCACAAUCUAGUUAUAGAUGGGGGUUAUACUUCUGCUUGCAGUCAAAUGAGUUUCAUGUACCAAGGCUAA